UUAUUCUGUUCAGUAUUGAAGGACGCAUUGUAACAAAGCCGAGGAUGGCUCUUUUUCCCCUAAGAAAAGAAGAAAAAAAUCCAUAUUCCCAGGAACCAAGCUCAGACAACAUCUUCUGACAUUUAUCCAUUUGAAACAAAAGGACUGUUUACAUGAAGAGUGGAGCUACAAUUUAAUAACUCUUUUUAGAUACCAUAAAAUGUUGUGACAAAAAAAGGAAACAAAAAUAGCAAUGUCCUAAGAAGAGCUGUGGAUUAUUAUCAUUUUUGCUGAAACUCUUCUACUAAGCAUAACCUUCUUUAAAAUUGGGUGCACAGUGCUGUAAUUGUUCCAAGACGGACCGGGCAGUGGAGCACAGAGGUAAAUACAGGGGUACCAUGAAGGACAAAGACUUCAUUAGUAAUGUGGAAAGGGGAAAGCCUGCCACAUAUACUGGGGACAAAAAGGCAAAAAUGACAGCCAAAACCAAUAAGAAAUGGGUAAGACUGGCAACAGUGUUUGCGUAUGUAUUGUCUGUGUCUAUGGCAGCUAUUAUACUAGCUAUUUAUUACAGCUUGAUAUGGAAACCGGUGAGGUCUAGUGGUGGAUCAUCUACUAUAAGCUCAAACCCUGAUAGCUUUUCUCAGUUACCUAACCACACAUCUUCUGAGUUCAACCAUGUAACAAACAACAGCUCUGUAAGCAGUGAAGGGACUACUCUAGAAUCAGUCAGAAAGGCAGCUGUGGUUGGACGUAAAGCUGUUUUAGAAAAUACAAAUAUUGUGGAGUCUAAUUCGGAGUCCAAGAAUGUGCCAAAAAAACAUGAAGCUUUUGCUACAGAAGAAAUGGUUCUUACAGAAAAUCCCACUGCACUCCAGGAGGAAACAAUAGAUGUAUAUACUCGUUCUUAUGACAAGAAGGAACCUGAGACGACAUCAAAUAAAAAGCUCACAACACAUUCAGAGACAGAGGCCUUAAAUUCUGCCACUAAAGAUUCUGCAGUACGGAGCGUGGUGACUGAACUGAGUCUUCACACAAGUCACAUCCCUCCAGCGACUGUUAUAUCCAGACUCCUAGAAAAUAUAUUUAUUCAAACAACCAAAGACAGUAAAGAAUUUUCAGAGGAUGUCCAAGGGUUUGCAUCAGCACAGGACAUCUCUGAAACUCUGGCACCUUCCUUUUCUCCUAAUUUAAAUGAGGAAUCACAUGUACAUGAGAGUACAGUCUUAUCAAAGCAUCAAACCAUUGAUGCUGAAGAAAGCCAUUGGCCUGCGGGCUCUGCAGACAGCACAUCAACAUAUUCUGAACAUACUUCAGCUACAAGGAGCGUGUGAUGCUACCUCCUUGGGGAGUAUAUGAAGCCUUUUUUUAAUGUAAUAUAAUAUAUUGGAGACUGUUUCGUUUUUAACAUAAAUUCAUUUUCCUCAAACAUCACUUUUCUGACUUUAUAUCAUCAUUCCAAUCUUAGAUCAAUGUUACAGAAGGAAUAUUUUUUUGUUAGAAUACUUGUCUUUUUUUAGAUAGAUUAUAUAUCAAAAUUAUAGACUCACAAUGUUUGGAAAACCGAACUUUAUAUAACAAAAAGGAUUUAUUUUUUGAGCAGAUAUUUGUUAAAUCUGUCUUGGAUGAGAGAUUGUCGUUUAUCUUGUAGGUUUUAAACUAUUUCAAAUGAAAUAAAUCAUAAGGAGUUUAGCUAUGUUAUGAUAACAGAAAAAAAACAGUCUAUAUCAGUGUGUUUAUAUCCUUGUACAGUACACACACAUUGUUUCUGACUUUAAGGGCUAUCACUGUGAAUGACACUUCAGGUUUUAGAUUUGAGCAAGUUAAGAAUUUUGGUUAUAAUUGACUAUAUUAUUUUGUCUGCGUUGUUUGCCUGUUCCCAGCUUAAUAAAGUCAGUUUAAGUUUCUA